UGCAACUAAGAUGAUAACUAAAACUGUAUCGACAUACUUACCAAUAACAAAAAUAACGUAAUGGAUUGGGUUUGACACAGUUGCUUUCUUUGUAAAUGUAAUUGUGUGCCUUGCUGAAAUGAAAUACAACCAUGAGUUGAGGUGGGCUCUGUGUGGAAUUAGCCCCAGUCUGCAGCUAUGCAAAUAUGCUAAAGUUUGAGACACCCCAGAGUUGGGCAGAGGCUGGGCCUCCCAGUUUAGCUCAUCUGGGUACAUGAUAUGGAUUUUGCAGAUGCUGGUGGCAGUGCCGACUGCGUGAAUGCUGAUAAUAUCAGAUUACAAGACAUGGCUGCCAUCUCAGAGAUAGGCAAUUGUGAAGGAGGAGGAAUCAGCAGUGAUGUAGCACAGAGUCUCCCAGAGAAUGAUAGUGGUCAUGUUGUGGGUUUCUCUCAAUCUGACAAUCAGAAGAUCUUUGAUAUUACACAGAUUAAAGGCCGGAUAGUUUCCUCAUUAAUUGAUUUCAGAUCUGAGCACCACAAACCCUUGCUUACCCCUCAACCUGCGGAAAGAAUGUCAAGGUUGGCUGAGACUGUUCCGUUCUCUCAGGCAGAGUGUGAUGUUCCCUCCAUGACAGUCAAAGUGCAGCAUCCGUAUGAUGGAGACGACAGAAUAGAGGCACCUGGAUUUGAUGUAGAAACUUCUGGUAGGGCACUAGGAAGAGCAUUGGCUGGGCUUGUUGAUACUGGUGUUGAUGGUGAGCUAAAAGAUGAAGAAGCAGGUAACAAGUGUGGUACAGGUUAUAAUGAGGAGCCCCAUAUUCUUGGCCUGAGCAUGAAGAAAGACUGCGAUGAAAAGGACAUCAAGGAUUGUUUGACAGUUUCUGUGGAAGGGAAUGCAGGAUUGGCAGUCUUUCCUCCAGAAAAGUGUCCUGGGAAAGGAGAAAGUACAAAGCGUCUGACUGUGAAAGCAACAAAGGGCAACUCUUUGUCAGUAACCAUUGCUUCAGUCAUUAAAACUUCAAAGUUAAGAAGGAGAAAAGAAAUACAGAUUAAGGAAGUAAAGGAAAGUGCAAGUAUGAAGAAGAUUGAGGAACCAAAAAGAAAAAGUGGGAGGAACAAAGAAGAAAAGAAUAAAGGGGGCAAAGAUCUGAUGGAAAGUAGAUUGAAGAAAGAUAAUAAGAAGAAGGAGGAGAGUCAGAGGGAAGAGGGUAAGCAAAGACAGGAGGCUCAGAAGGAAGAUGGAGGAUUGUGUAAAAGUCGUCGUAGUCUGAGACUGAAGGCUGGUAAAAAGAUAUCUUAUGUGAACGAUUGUGAAUUUGAGGAGGAGGAAGAUGAAACAGAAAGACAGUUUCUACCUCCUGAGAUGCCUUCUGCUGCUUCUCCCACUCUUUCUCCAUCCUCUGCUCUGUCCCCUCCGCUCGUGCCUCCUUCUGUUCCCUCAAAAGAUCUGAGGCUAGUCCCCAGUGCCAAGGGAUAUAAAUGUUACUUGUGUGACUUCACUAGCAAGAGCAGCUUAGUGCUGAAGCAGCACAGGGAGGUGUGUCAUGGUGAAAAGCCUUUCUGUUGUGCCCAUUGCUCGUAUUCUUGCAGAACCAAGUCUGAUCUGACCAAACACGAGCACAUUCACCUCCCAGAGCACACGUAUCGGUGCACGGAGUGUAAUUACACGGGGAAACGGCUGCGGUACUUGCAGAAACACAUGAAAAUUCACCAGGAAGGAAAUGUGGAUGGUGAAGAGGAAAAGAAGGAAGAAGAAUUUCCAUUUUCAUGUCACAUAUGUGAGUUCAGAUGUAACAGUAAAAGUGAAUUGGACUCUCAUCUCCCAAGUCAUUCAAAACAAUUCAGGAAAUAUGUUUGUGCAUACUGCGGUCUGCCCUUCCGACACAAAGCUCCCUACACAAGACACUUAGCAGUUCACCCAGAGGCGUGUCCCUACAUUUGUACCUUGUGUGGAUCGGCGUUCAAGAAAAAGUCACUCCUGCUGAAACAUGAGCAGAGCCACAAGUCAGAGGAUCAGAUGGAAAAUGGAGAGAGUAACAUUGUGAACAAAGAUAAUACAGAUUUGGGAGAUGCUACUUUGACUCCUAAAGCUGAAUUAGAAGACAAAAGGGUUGAUAAAAAGUCAAUAUCAGAUAUGCCAGUGAAGAGAAAAAAGGUAAAAGUGAAGAAAAAAAAGAAAAAUGUGACGGAUGCCCAGGAAGAAAAUUCAGAGAUUUUGUACUGUGAGCUCUGUUCUUACUCCACCACCCAGAAAUCCCUGCUGCGGAGUCACAAACGAAAACAUUCGGAUGCAAAACCUCACAAAUGUCACCAGUGUGGUGCUAGUUUCAAGAGACGGUACCACCUCACCAGGCACAGACUGUCUCAUAAUGCAGAUGCCCCCAAAUUCCCUUGUCCCCACUGCCCGUAUUCAACGUUCCGUAAGCAUCGGUUGAAAGUGCACAUUCAGACUCAUCAGACCAACAAACCAAUCAAAUGUUCUCUCUGCCCGUACAGUUGUCGUCAUGAGUGGACUCUGAAGUACCACAUGCGCAAGCACACGGGUAACACAGCACCGGGGAAAUCUGGUCAGCCGGCAAAGAUUGACUUCACAUGCCACCUCUGCGGCUACCAGUGCAAAAACACAAAGAACAUGAAGUACCAUAUGAUGCGACAUGACAAUAAAACCCCCUACACCUGUCCACACUGUGACUACAAAUGCAGCUCCAAAUCCAGCAUCAAGGACCACCUUCUGCAGCAUGCUGGUCUCAAGCCCUACCUCUGCUCCGAUUGUGGGAAAUCUUUUCGCAACGCAUCCCGCCUCAGCCGGCACAAACUUGUGCACAGUGACAUGAAACCGUACUCGUGUGAUCACUGCGACUUCUCCUCCCGCUCAAAAUAUAAUCUGAGGCAGCAUAUUCUACGACACACGGACAAAGACAAAGUGAAGAGACGUGUUCGCAACAAGACCACAGUGAGAUCUGUUUCUAAGCCAGAAGCAAAUGGAGUGGGGAGCCAACUGCUGAAACUAAACUUCCAGUCAGACAUCCAGUCCUUAUUGGGUCAAAACAACUACUUGGAGAACAUCCACCCAGAACCAUUUGGUGGUCAGAUGAACACAGGCUUCCCUGCUUUGCCACUAGCACCCAGUGACCAGGGUUCAGGGGUCAUCCCAAACAUUGAUGGAAUUGAAAAGACUUUAUCCAGCAGUAUGAAUCCUCGCAGUGAUACCAUGUACAACAACAAAAAUUUCUUGAAUAAAGACGGGCAGAUGCAGACACUUAGAAACCAAAACACAAUGUCUAUGUUUGCAGGUUUUGAGCCAAACCAUGAACGUUUCAAUUCACCUUCCACCUCUAAUGCUGUUCCGACUGCGGGAAAUGUUGGCUUUGACAUGAACCCCAGUGUUGGAGGAUUUAACCCCCUCGUAGGUCACAAUGACGCUUCAAUAGCAUACAACACUUACCCUCAUAUACCUCCACCACAUCCUCCCAAUGCUAAUUUCAGCGGCAUGGAUCGAGGAGGUGGCUACAGCUAUAUGAAUCCGUACUUCUACAAUGAGACUGUGUUUCCUGGAUACAUGAGCUCCAAUAUGAACUUUUAUCUCGGACAAAGUAAUAUGGACACUGGUCAUCUGAACGCAGGCCUGGACUUGCGGAGACAUUACGACAUAAGCCAGGCCUCGGAGCCUACUAUGACCAAUCACAUGCAGGUGGAUAAAGAUGUGAAUGCUUUGAGGAUGCCGGCUGAGCGGACUGAUGUAGUCUCUGUGGGGGAUGCGAACAUGGCUGCUACCAGAACGUUUCUUGAGAGCCCGUCGGUCUUUAUGGGAGGUGGGGAGAAGGUAUUCCAGAAGGAACUGGGUGUAGAUGAAAGUAUGGCUGUUAGCUCAAAGCCUGACAUGGUUCCGUCAGACAUCAGUGGAGUCACAGCAAGUGAAGUCAUGCCAUCAUCCACUGCCGCCAGUCUGAACUUCCUGGACUCGGCUGUAUCUGCAGUUAGCACUGGUGAUGACUAUAAUAGUCUGAAGGUGGAAUCUAAUGAAGAAAAUCUGGGCUGUAAUGAUGAUGAUGAAGAGGAUGAUGAUGAUGAUGAUAAUGAGGAUGUUGAUUUUCCUCCUAUGCUUUCUGAUGCUCCUGAGGAGCAGCAGCAAGACUCAUUGUCGGAGAUCCCGCCACAAAAUGAUGCAGUACAACCUGCUGUAUCACCACAGGUGGAAAAUAAAGAGACGGUAGAGAAAGAGGGCAAGGAGGCUGAGACAACAGCAGACACCAAUGAUCCAGCUGCCCCCGUCCAGCACUCGCCAUUUUUCUGUACAGAGUGUGGCCUGAUGUGCGAAACUCGAGCAAUUCUGCAAAAGCAUCGUCGGACCCAUGCGACCGCCAAGCCCCACACGUGCGAACACUGCGGCAAGGCUUUCAAGCGCAAGGACCACAUGCGGGCUCACAUGCACACUCACAGCACUGAGAAGCCCUUCAAGUGCUCCCAGUGCUCAUACGCCUGCAAUCGCAAGUACCGGCUGCGAAGGCAUGAGCUGAGUCACACAGAGGAGCGGGCACACAGGUGCAAGGACUGCGGCAAAAGCUUUGACACAGAGGAAGAAGUGAUAAAUCAUGCAGAACUGCACGCGGCUGGCUUCAUGUACGAAUGUGACGUCGAUCACUGUGCGUUUCGAUGCAAGUCGAAAUCAGAGCUAAAAGCCCAUGCCAAAGUUCACCAGGUGUUUUUGUGUGAAAAAUGUAGUUACUCGUGCACAUCAGCUGCAGAGUUUGCCAACCACAAACGAGUACACCACCAGGAGAAAAAAGAGCUCAUCUGUAGCGUUUGUGGCUACGUGUGUGACUCGAACAAGCGGCUCAAGUACCACAUGGCACGACACGAGAACAAGACACCGCACUCGUGCCCACAUUGCGAUUAUAAAUGCAGCUCACGGUCCAGCCUCACAGACCACCUAUUAAAUCAUGAGGGCAUCAAGCCCUUCCUGUGUUCCAUCUGUGGCAUGCGUUUCCGCAAUACGUCUCGUUUGAAUCGGCACAAACUGGUGCACUCUGACGUGAAGCCGCACUCGUGUGAAUAUUGCUCUUUUUCCUCUCGCUCCAAAUACAACUUGAAGCAGCACAUGCUUCGUCACUUCAAGAACGAUCUUGCUCCAGCCUCAUCCUCUGCAGCUACCUUAAUGUCUCAGAAAAAGGACCAUUUGCAGUUGCCCACAGACACUGCUACAGCCACCACUAUUUCGGCUUCUGCAUCAAAACCUGAUUUCACUGGCCAAUCAAACUCCUUCAGAAUGGAUAAUAUCCCAGCUUCACACCCAGCCUUAAGAACCGACCUACCCCACUUCAGUGCCGCAGCUCAGAGGACGGACUAUCUGGCUCACCCUCCUUUCAGAAAUAAUCUCCACAUGCCUCCAGCAUUGCAGCCGCCCCUCAUACCCCACCCAGGACAAUCCGUCAUGGGCCAUCCUGUUUAGGGAACAAAUUUGUUAAUGUCAACCAAACAAAGAAGAAAUGACUGAGUAAUUUGUAAGACUGAUUACUUUGGGUUUUUUUGUCCUUCCCUCAAGAAUCUGAGAAUCGUUCAGAAAGUUACAGGGUUUGUAAGAGUAGAAAGUGGAAAAUACUUAAAGCAUUUUUAAUGCUAUCAGCUGUGUAAAUGAUUAAGUACAGUAUACAGCGGUGUCUGCUUGUAUGAAAUACAGUUAAUCCAAAAUCUGUGGUAAACUGAAAGAAAAUACCGGUAAAAUGCCUGAUACCAUUUAUUCUAUUUGAGAAACCUCUCUAAAUCGAAAAUUUGGCUAAACCGAAGAAAAGCUGGCAGUACCGCAGCUUUCGGUUUAAUCCUUACUAACGCUCUGUUAAAGUAAAGAGAUAUAACUAUAGUGUUUUUUGCCUUGCUUGAAGAAAAUGUUACACCAUUAAUCAUUUUCAUGAGAAUACUGUUACGUUUAGAAAAACACUAUGGGGAAAUUCAGUAUGUCCGAAUCAAUUAUUAGUGUGCUUACAUCAUUUAUAAGUUUGAAAAUAAUCUCCACUUCCUGGUGAUUGCUCUUCUGUAUAUCCCCUUAAACUCACCAGAAAAAUACGAAUUGACAAUCAGACAAUCAGAUGGUGCUUUUUGGUGCAAAAUUUGCACAAUAGACCUGUCCCCGCGGUUUUCUGCAAAAAAAAAAUUCUGAAAUUAUGCAAACUGAAUCCAAAAACGUGAAAU